UUGCACCAUCACACAUUAUAUUUCGGAAUACAGAUAACAUAAAUAUUUGAUGCACGUUAUCUAUGUAGUCGUCGACUCGGCAACGUUAUCGCGGUGAUAUCAACCGGAUAACGGUUGAAGCAACACUUCUAACCGCUGUACACCCGAGCAACUUGUUCUACACCUCUCCUCCUGUGUACCUGUGUACCUGUGUACCUGUGUACCUGUGUACCUGGGUGUCGGGAUCUACACCAAUAUCUAACACCAAGUGUUUGUCUGGUGCAGCAGACGAUGAAGGGAGCCUGGUGGUCCUGGGUGGUGGGUGUGGUGUUGGUGCUAGGCUGCGCCCUCACUACCCUCUCACACCCUCAACUUCUCGAGGACGAUUACUAUGAAGUAUUCGGAAACCCAAAUGACACAACUACCUCUGACACUACUACCGAAUUUACUUACAAUUCUGAAACCACCACAACCGAGCCUUCCACUACAACUGAGCCUUCCACUACAACCGAGCCUUCCACUUCAACUGAGCCUCCUAGUACGACUAUCACAAAGGCUUCAACUUCAACUGAACUACCAACUACUACAUCAACAUCUUCUACCACAACCACCGCAGUUCAACUGCCUCAAACAGACGAAGCCUUGUUCCAGCAGACCUCUGAUGUCUUAACUGACAUCAGCAAAACCCUCGACACACUCAUAUCCAAGAAAAAACACAGUAAGAUGUCACCCAUACGUCAUCCAGCUGGAUGGUGGCGGAUGCGGUCCCACCCACGCGCCCUCGCCACUCUUGUACCAACACCACCUGACGCUUGUACGGGUACCGGUAGUGAUUACUACACAUGCGAACAUUUGAUAAAUGAGCUAAACUACACGGAUUCUAUUGUGAAUUUUUUGGUGAAUCAAACCGGGUAUUGGAACAUUAUUGCAUUCGAGCGCCUUCGACAAAGAGAAGUUGAUCUGAAGUCAGCAGUGGAUGACGCGCCCGAUAGUCUCAGUGACAUGGUCAACACAAACUUCUGGAAUUAUGUCAGCAGUGUUAAGAACGAUGUGCAUGAGGGAGAAAAAGUCACACAACAACAGUUGGAUGGGAUCAAAAAAACUAAGACCGACAAAAUUGUGUUCGUAUCUGUUAUGGGAACGAUGGGAGGCCUCAUGAUCAUCGCUGUUGCAGCUAUUCUGGCCUUCUCCUUCUACAAGAACAAACCUGCCAAGAAGCCCCAGAAAAAGGAUAAGCAAGCACACCUUGACGACGAUGACAACAAGGACAACAACUAUAUGGACAUGCCACCAAGAGCAGAUCCCAACCGCAGGCCAUCUUCCUCCGGGGAUGACAUUUAUACCAGAGCACACGCUCCCAUGCAACACCGUCAUUACUCUGCUAAUGACUACAAGAACAAACCUCUACGGGAAUCACACAGCAGGCCCAGCACGCGGCCUGGAGGAUACUCGAGGGAUGGUUACAGAGACUAAAAUGUUUAUUACACACUUACCCAAAACCUUAACAAAUAUCACAAAUAAUAUUACAAAGUGUCCCCAUACACUGUCAGUUGUUGAUUAGCGUAAAGCUGAAGGACUUUCAUUUUUUGGAAUUCAUCUAAUGCAGCAUUUCUUAAGAGUUCCUUGGAACCUGAAGUUAACUAGGUGGUGCCACAAGUGAUGAAUACAUAAUAAAAUACAUUUUAUUGUGUAUCUCAAAAAAUACAUUUGCAUUCUAAUCAUAGGCAAAUGUGUUUUUGAGUCUUUUUGUGUUUAGUUUUUCUCAUCUAAUCAUUGUCAAGAGCAAAGACAAAUUGUCGUCAUUCAGUUAACAAUGAAAUCCAUGUGUUUACCUAAAGUACAACCCAGAAUUAUUUCAAGGGUACAAAGGUUGAGGAAUGCUGAUCUAAUGUAUCCUUUCAAAGAUUUUAAAUAUUAUGUAGUUAAAAUUAGCUAAUGUGUAGAAAAACUAAGCAGAGAAUGUCAUUAAUGUAGAUACUGCUUUGCAUGUAAAUGCAUUUAACAAAUAUAACCUUCUACAGGCCACAUCUUUACUAGUCUACUCUGUUUGGCAUUAUUAACCAUCGUUAUGACACCUCACACCGGGGUACAUGGGACUUUAAACAAAUUUAUGCAAGAAUAAAAAAAUUAUAUAGCACUCAUUCUUUCAAAGAGUGAUGAUAUUAAUCAAUAACAUCAUUCUUCCAAAGAAUGAGCGUUAAUACUAAUCAAUAACAUCAUUCUUCCAAAGAAUGAGCGUUAAUGCUAAUCAAUAACAUCCACAUUGAUUAAUAUUAACAAUUUAUUAUGUUACUAGUUUCGUUUUGGUGGUAGACUUGAGAGCUCUCAACCUCUUGAGCAUUAUUUAGACCACCAUAAUAGCUUCUUAGCAAGUACACUUCAGUCCUACCUUGAGAUGGUUCCAAUGAACAAUGUCUUCCAAUCACUGUAUAUACUGUAUUUAUAUUAUAAUACCUCUUGGUAUUUUAAGAUGUAUUAUUAGUACUUAAUAACCUCUUAGGCCAUUAAACAAUGUGACAAACAAAUGUUACUAGAAACCAUGAUGUGGAUCAGGAGAUCCAGAUAAACAAGGCAAGUCUCAAAUACUGUAUAGUGAAGCAAAACAAUACAAGGUUUAAAGAGAAACUGAUAAUCUCUAAAACAAAACCUUGAUAUUUUGUUCUGGAUCAAGCCCCAAUUCCUGUCAAGAGUACAGUAUAUCAAGUAAGUGUCAUCACUGCAACUUGGAGGGCUAGCCAAGGAAACGUUUACUUGGGGUAAUACUAUCUUAGGCAGCGGGGCUUCCUAAACUGCCAAAUAGUUCACCCAUAGGUGAAUUAAAUUAUUUUGGGGGUUUUUGUUCGUAUGACAUUUAAAUAUAAAAUUAUACAUAUGGGAGAGCAAGACGUAAAUUACCAAAAACGCAAGAUAAUUUAGUCGCGAGUGAAUGACAUUUUGUGAUAAAGACUUGGGGUGAAUGAGACUGUUAAACAAGCAAUGCCUUAGUGAAUACAUGCAUAAGAUGCACACUUACUCACAUCAUAGCAAGGGGACCAAAAAAUUAAGAAUAAUUUCUCAUCAGAUACCUCUGUAAAUAUAACAAAGGACUGACCUGGCUGAAAAUCAUUUGUUAGAAAAGAGAACCUUAACUUUAUUCUACAUAAGGGAUAGGCAAUAGAAACAUUAAAACCAUAGCACAAUUUCAUUCUGGUGCCCCCCCCCCCCCCCCAAGUCAGUCUUCAAUUACCCAAGUGAAUGAUAAGUACUGUAUUACCUGUACUGUGGAUUACAUCUUAUUCUACAAAUGGUUAUAAUAAUUUUUACCAAAUAACACCUUUGUUAAGUUUUCAUUCAAGCACCUCUACUAAUUAUUUACCUAGUAUGGUUAAGGUCACACUGGAUGUUAUGUGUGGGAUGAGUAUUAUCUCGGUAACUAAAUUCGGCAGUUUUGUUGUAAUUUGUCUAGCAGUUACUAUCUUAGAAAAAAAAAAAGAUGCUGUCCUCAAGAAAAUCUUGCCAUAUUUUCCAGCAGAUAGGAUGCAUGUCUUUUAUCCACCACAAACCAAACAUACUAUACAUAUUUACAUGCACAAAAUCUCACGUUUCCUCCUACAAAAUUAUGUUAAAAUAAUUUUUAAUACUGUAUAUGGUGAAACAUGCUUUUGGCAUUUGUGAAUAAAGUAUUAUUCACAAAAGUAUCCUUGUAAAUUAGGUGCAUCUAAUAUGCUGGCAAUUACAACUGGCAUCGUGUGUUGCUGCAGUUCAGGAGAAAAUAAAACCGAUUUCAGUGA